AUGAGCGACUUCCGCCGCACGCAGAACACCUUCGGGGACGCCUUCCCGACCGACGAGCAGCUGCACGGAGGCUUCAGCUUCGACAACUGCCGCCGCAACGAGCUGCUGCUGAGCCAGUCGGGCGGCAAGCAGAAGCUGAAGGCCACCAAGACCGGCACCACCAUCGAUGGCGUGGUGCUGGGCGCCGACACGCGCUCGACGGGCGGCUCCAUCGUGAUGGACAAGAACUGCGAGAAGAUCCACUACAUCGCGCCCAACAUUUACUGCUGCGGCGCCGGCACGGCCGCCGACACGGAGAACACCACAGCACUCAUCUCGUCGCAGCUGGAGCUGCACCGCCUCAACACGGACACGCAGUCGCGCGUGGUCACGGCCAUGACGCUGCUGAAGCGCAUGCUGUUCCAGUACCAGGGCUACAUCUCGGCGGCGCUGGUUCUCGGCGGCGUCGAUGUCACGGGCCCGCACCUCUACACGAUCCACCCGCACGGAAGUACGGAUAAGCUGCCUUUCGUGACUAUGGGCUCGGGUAGUCUGGCGGCCAUGUCGGUCUUCGAGCACGGCUACAAGGACGACAUGACGGAGGACGACGCCAAGAAGCUGGUUCAGGAGGCCAUUCUGGCCGGUAUUUUCAACGACCUGGGCUCGGGCAGCAACGUGGACGUGACGACCAUCAAGAAGGUCAACGGCAAGGUGGAAGUGAUCAAGGAGUUUAACUGUAUCAAGCCCAACGAGGUGUCCGAGCUGCGCUCGCAGAUCAACCGGGACAUCGUCACGCACAUCCCGCGCGGAGCUACUCGUGUGCUGAGCUCUAAGACAGAGCUAUUCCCUGCCAACAUUGUUGUCGAGGAGGCCACGCCCAUGGAACUGUAGACGCAGGCUGUUGCUUGACUGGCAUUUCGACGCGAUAUGCGGCCGAAAUGGCUAAUUGCAAAAGAAUAAUGCACCUGAUUGAUUCCUGGC